CAGCAAGCAUAUCUCAACGCUAUCUUUUUCAGACACUACUAUUCUCAAUCAUAAGCAUCAUGACUGACGUCGGCCCUCCCAUCGAGCUCCCCGUACUGGACAUUUCCAACCCCCUCGAUCCAGCAGCGGGGAAAGCCCUUCUGGAUGCCGCUACCAAGUAUGGCUUUCUGUAUGUUGACAGCCGGGGGACGGAUUUUACUGCCGCGGAGGUAGACCGGGCAUUUGAGCUGUCCAAAACCUUCUUCGCCUCCCCUGUCGAAGAAAAAGCCGCUUGUCGAAUUGAAUCCAACAACCGCGGCUGGUCCGGCAUGCACACCGAGACCCUGGACCCAGAGCAUCAGCGAACCGGCGACUUCAAAGAAGCCUUCAACUUCGGCGAAUUCGCAAACUCUCAAGCCCAACAACCCCUCCCUCCAUCCCUCCAUCCCCACGAAUCCGAAAUCGCCCAUUUCUCCUCCCUCUGCAACAAGACCUGCACUCGCAUCUUGACUCUUCUUGCAUUGGGACUGGAUAUCCCAAAAGACUUCUUCACAACCCGGCACGACCCUACCACCGGCCCCACAGGAAGCAUCCUCCGCUACCUCUACUACCCCUCCCUCACAUCCCCAACGACAACAACCUACAACCACACGCUAGAUGUCCGAGCCGGUGCUCACUCCGACUACGGCUCCAUCACGCUCCUCUUCCAGCGUCCAGGUCAACCCGGGCUGGAGAUUUUAACCCCGAGUGGGGACUGGGCGCCUGUGCCUGUUAUACCCUCCCCCAACGUAUCCACCUCCCAGGGCGAAACGUAUCCCUUCCCUCCAAUUCUAGUGAAUAUCGGGGAUUUACUAAGUUAUUGGACUUCGGGAUUACUCAAGUCGACGGUGCAUAGGGUUGUGUUUCCUAUGGCUGAGCAACAGCAACAAGAGAGUGAAGAAGGGUCGGCGCAGGAUAGAUACAGUAUUGUGUAUUUUUGUCAUCCGAUGGAUAGGACGGAGUUGGUGCCUGUGCCGAGUAAGGUGGUGGGGGAGUUUAGGGAGAGGAUGAAGAGGGAGGCGCGGGAGGGGAGGAGAGUUGGGUUUGGGGGUGGGGCGGGGGUGUUGGGUGAGGGAGGGGAUAAUGGCGAUGGGAGGGUGUUGACGGCGCAUGAACAUUUGAUGGCGAGGUUGGAUGCUACGUAUGGGUUUCGGAAGUGA